AUGAGACUCGCGAGAUCCAUGAGAGCCCCAUGUUUGGCCUUGCUGUCUCCUGCAUUGGCUGCAUCUGUGCUGGACUGUGGCGCUUUGCGUGUCCAUCAGUUGCAGCUGGGAAACAUGCAAAACUAUCAGUAUGUGCUGGACAAUGGUGAAGUUGCCAUCACGGUGGAUGCAGCCUGGGACAUUGGGAAGAUCCGAAGAUACAUCGAGAAGAUGGACCUUAGGUUGAUUGGUGGCCUUUACACUCAUGGCCACUUUGACCACAUCGGUGGAGCUUUUCCAGGAUCCAGUGGACCUCCUGUUCAAGGCGCUGCACAACUUCAGGACCUUCCUCUUUACCUGGGAACCAAUGAUAUCGAAGCGGCUACGCUACAAACCAAGCUGGAUGCAUCAAGGUGGCACCCAUUGAAAGAAGGUGACACGCUCCCACUACUUGGCGAUAGAGUUCAGAUUUGGGUGCUCGACACGCCCGGCCACACUUUAGGAGGUGUCACCUUUUGGGUGCAGGGAGAUCUUGAAGAUGCAUGUGGGGAAGGCUUGCUUUUGACGGGUGACACACUCUUCUUGACGAAUGUGGGGCGCACUGACUUGCCUGGAGUCUUGGUGUGA